AUGGCUUCGGAUCACCAAGUUCAGACUAGCGAAGUCCCGCUCCAAGACGUGGACAAGGACUCUCGCCGGCCUGAGAAGGAAGCCAUUCCCAAAGACCAGUCUGACAAGGAGCUGGACGGCACCACGGAAAGUGGCUCUGAUGAUCCCGAGCCCGAGUAUGCGACCGGCCUUGGCCUGGUCUGCAUCGUCGCCGGUCUCACGCUGGCGGUUUUCUGCCUGUCUCUGGACCGUACAAUCCUCGCAACAGCAAUCCCCACCAUCACGACCGAGUUCAAGUCUCUCGGUGACGUGGCCUGGUACGGAACCUCGUUCCCCUUGGCCACGUGCUGCUUCCAGCUCAUGUUCGGCAAGCUUUUCGCCGAGCUCAGAGUUACCUGGGUGUUCCUCGCCGCGCUCGGCAUCUUCGAGUUCGGAUCGAUAGUCUGCGGCGCUGCCCCAAACUCCCUGGCCCUCAUCAUCGGCAGAGCAAUCUCUGGUAUCGGCUGCGCGGGGAUGCUAUCGGGAGUAUUCAUCAUCAUUGCCCUUAGCUUUCCGGUCCAGAAGCGUCCCAUCUACACGGGCAUGAUCGGUGGCAUGGCUGGUAUUGCUGAGAUCAUCGGUCCGACGAUUGGAGGUGCCCUUACCGACAAUGCCUCCUGGCGAUGGUGUUUCUGGAUCAAUCUCCCCCUCGGCGCCGUCACAGCCGUCAUGGUCAUUCUGUUCGUCAAGCCUCCCAAGAAGACGGGCGAAACCAAGGCCAUCGGCCCCCUCCUCAAGAGCAUGGACCCCCUCGGAAACGCUCUCCUGAUGCCACUCAUGGUCUGCUUCUUGCUGGCUCUGCAGUGGGGAGGAACCGUCUACGCCUGGAGCAACUGGCGCAUUAUUCUCUGCCUAUGCCUCUUUGGCGUCCUGUUAAUCGUGUGGCUCUACGUGCAGUACCGUCGCGGCGACGAAGCCACCCUGCCGGUCCGGCUCAUGCGCCAGAGAUCCGUCGCCAGCGGGACCCUCUUCAUGCUGGGAACGAACGGCACGGUGUUCGUUAUCGUGUACUACGUCUCCUUCUGGUUCCAGGCGGUCAAGGACGUGACGGCAGAGCAGUCCGGCAUCAACUUCCUUGCUUCGUCUCUCUCCGUGUCGGUCUCCUCAAUCACCUCGGGAUUUUUGGUAUCCAAAAUCGGAUAUUGGGUGCCCCAGAUGGUUUCCAGUACGGUCCUCCUGUCAGUUGCUUGCGGACUGAUCUACAGAUACAGCCUAGAGACGUCGACGGCAUACUGGGCCGGCACGCUCGUGAUGUUUGGCCUCGGCGUCGGGCAGGGCAUGCAGAUGCCGCUAUCCGCCGUACAGACAGUCCUCAAAGGAGCGGACAUCGCCCUGGGAACAUCUGUCCUUCUCCUCGCCCAGACUUUGGCCGGCAUCAUUAUGCUCGCAAUCGCGCAAAAUUUGUUCCAAAGCACGCUGCUGAAGGAACUCACGAACAAGGUGCAGCAGGUUGACGCCAAGGUCAUCAUAGACCACGGUGCCUACGGGCUCAAGAGCAUGGUCACGGAGAAGUACGGCGUGGAGGCCGCGACCGCGGUGCUCAAGGCGUACAACGAGGCGCUCCGGUCGACCUUCCUGCUGUCCAUCGUUCUGGCCUGCCUGACGCUUCUUGCCUGUCUAGGCACGGAAUGGAGAAGCGUCAAGGAGCAGACCAAGAAGACUGACGAGGUCGAGGAGGCCAAGUAG